AUGCAGGCUGUGCGUAACGACACCAAAGACGCAGCUCUUAAUGCUGUACCUGAAAAGCCGAUCACUCCGCCGCAAGUGCAACAAACGAACAGCUCAUGGACGCAUCUGGUAGCUGGCGCCGCUGGCGGCAUGGCAACUGCCCUCCUGACAUCUCCCCUUGACGUUCUCCGAACGCGCCUUCAAUCCGACUACUACCGCUCCCAACUCAAAUCCACCAUUUCCGCACACCAUACACGCCCCUCCAUAGCGCGCUCAUUUAUUACCCACUUUAGCGAAACCUUUGAAAUUCUCUUCUCCAUCCACCGCGUCGAGGGCUGGCGCAGUUUAUUCCGCGGUCUCGGGCCCAGUCUUACAGGUGUUGUCCCGGCGACGGCAAUCAAGUUCUACGCGUACGGGAACUGCAAACGGCUAUAUCCGGAACUCUUAGGGAUUAAUAAAGAUGCGACGUCGGUUCACGCGCUAUCCGCCGCCACCGCAGGCGUUGUUACGGGGACAGCGACGAAUCCGAUCUGGCUAGUAAAGACAAGAUUGCAACUUGAUAGAUCGCAUGCGAGCAGUGAUGGGACAUUGAGGCCGCCACAGUAUCGCAAUAGCUACGACUGCGUUAAGCAGGUUAUCCGGCAAGAGGGUGUCAAGGGCCUCUACCGGGGCUUGAUGGCCAGCUACUUAGGCGUUAUUGAGACCACAUUACAUUUGGCUGCUUACGAGCGGAUAAAGGUCAUGGUUGCCCAUCACUAUGAACGACAGGGCAAGGCCCAGUCUAGUGAAGUGACGCAAGGGCUGAUUCUGAGUGGCGCGGCGGGUGUUUCCAAGCUGAUUGCUGUGUUGAUUGCCUACCCUCAUGAGGUCCUGCGAACACGACUGCGGCAAGCCCCAAUGGCGGACGGCCGCCAGAAAUACACAGGUGUGGUGCAAUGUCUGCGACUGAUGGUGAAAGAAGAAGGUUUCGUCGCCCUUUACGGUGGCCUGACAGCCCACAUGAUCCGGACAGUUCCCUCCGCGGCAAUCACGCUGGGAACAUAUGAACUGGUUCUAAAACUGCUAAGCGGAACUUCGUCAUCGUGA